GCUUCAGGAUUCAGUAAUGCCUGGCAUGUAGUAGGGAGCUCAAACUCUGUUCGCUUGCUCCCUGUUUCCUUUCCUCUUCUUUCUGUUGCAAGGCAGGGUGGCAUAGAACAGGACGGGAAGGGAGAGGUGCUGGCCUCAGGGAACCCUUUGGCAGAUCUCGGGGCAUGGACUAUGGGACCUGGUUUGCAGCGCUGGAGCCUUCUCUCCAUCUCCCUGUUUCCCAUCUUCCAAGGGUGAGCCUUCCGUGAGUGGACGACUAGGGCCACCGAGUGCCUGCCCUCUCAAAGCCCAGCGCUGAGCCAGUGUGGUGCAUGGAAGCCAGGAGCCGGGCUCCCCGAAGGUGGUGGUGCCCACCGGGGGUCAUGCCGCUGGCCUUUGCCGUUCUGCUCAGCUGCCUGCUCACCUCAGGUCAGGCCAGGGUCUACAGUCACUGCGAGCUAGCCAGAGUGCUGCAGGAUUUCGGCCUGGAGGGAUACCGGGGACACAGCCUGGCUGACUGGGUCUGUCUUGCUUACUUCACGAGUGGCUUCAAUACAGCUGCUGUGGACCAGGAAGCUGACGGAAGCACAAACAAUGGCAUCUUCCAGAUUAACAGCCGAAAGUGGUGCAAAAAUUUCCGCUCAAAUGAACCCAAUCUGUGCCACAUGUACUGCAGCGACUUGCUGAAUCCUAACCUCAAGAGUGCUGUUAUCUGUGCCAUGAAGAUAAGCCAGCAGCCCUUGGGCCUGGGCACCUGGGAAGCCUGGAGGCAUCACUGCCAGGGCAAGGACCUCAGCGACUGGGUUGAUGGCUGUGACAUCUAAGAUCCUGUCUGGAUGGACCAGGCCAUGCUUAUAUGGGAGAUACGGUUUGGUUCCUGACCCAGGCUUGG